GGCUCUCUUAAUAGUGUGCAAAGAAAGUGAUGUAGAGUACCUUGCCGACUACAGUGAUUCUGACCAUGGAAGUGAUGCAGAACUCACUGAAGCUGUAAGUAUUUGGAAAGUGUUGGCAAAAUGGGGAUGAGAAACUAAUCAUGCUUCAUAAAUAGAUUUCACCUGAUUCAAAGAAUCUAUGUCAGUCUUAGAGUUGCACCAAGUAAUUGGCAGAUCAUCAGAAAUCAGCCAAUUAGCUCAUUGCUGUAACUCCAUUGGUGUAACCCCAAUCAGUAUAUAUGAGUUUGACAUGCUUAGUCUUUUAAAGUUUUUAAUGGAAUCUUCCUCAUUCUUGUAACACAGUAUUUCUCUAUAAAACGGCAGCCAAAGACUUUUCUAUCUUAACUCAUUUCGACGUAAACUGUUAUUAACUUAUUCAACAGUGCAACAGCUGGCAGCCUACUCAACUUCAUUAUUACCUACUGGUGUGGGAAGUCAAUGUCUGACAACAAACACUGAUUGAAUAGACUAAUCAAGAAAGCUGGUCAUAUCCCUUAACAUCCUUCCCUUGAAGAAAAAUGCUGUUGUAAAACUAAAAAAUAUUUUGGUUGAUACAUCCCAACGUCUUCAUCACAGACACCUAAGAUCAGCUCGAUUAGGGCAAAUUCUUUCUCUUAAAGUUAGGACCGAAGAUGUGCAAAUCCUUCCCCAUUCUGUCAAAGUUUACCUGUCUGCUCCGCCAGGGGUUGCCAAAUCUAAAUGAUCACUAUUUAAGUCGUUAGUGUCACUUAGGGAGUUAAAGUUUUAUGGUUAUAUAAUGUCUGAUUUUUAUGCUAGAGAAAUAAUUUAGACGUCCAGUGUUUAAAUUAUUCUAAUUAUAAAAUAUUUCCUUGGUUAGAGUAUGUGCUGAAAUUGAAUACAUCUUAAUGUAAUAAAAAAAAAAUGUCUUUUUAUUUGAAUCAAUAAAAGAAUCUUAUCGUUAUGCCCCCUUCAAUGAGAAGUACAGUUUUAAACAGGACAUUUAUUAUUUGACUAGAAUAUAAGUUGGCACUAAAUUAAAAAUUGAUGUUGUUUUAUGGUCUCUUUGUAUUUCACAGGACAAAUGGUACUGUGGCUAUUGUCAAAUAAGCAACCCCCCCUUCCAGAGAAACUGUGCCGGUUGUUGGAGUGUCAGACCCGACUGGCUGCCCCAAAAAGUCACACAUGCUGGAGACGACUCUGUCUCAACUGACUGCCUACCCCAACAAGUCACACAUGCUACAGAUAACACUGUCUCAACCAGUCAGGAGACCGCUGCAAGUAUUUGCAGAUAUGAUGAACCGGAUUCUUCCCAGACGCAGAGUCAAGAAAAUGCCAAUGCCAUGACCAGGUCAAGUCAAGAGCAUGCCACUGCCAUGACUUGUUCAAGUCAAGAGAAAGACAGUGUCCCCAAGAUCCUCAAAGAUUUUACCGAUUCCAGUGAUGAUAGCGAUGAUAAAAUGGAGGAAAUAGAUCCAGCAGACCAAUCUUCAGAAGAUGGAGGAAACUCUAAAAAACAGAACUCAUACGGUGGAUCCAAAAAUUUGUGUGUUAUUUGCUUUUCUCGUAAAAAGACGGCCAGUCUGGUUCAUGGAAAAUCAGGGCAUCAGGCGUGCUGCUAUCGUUGUGCUAAAAAACUAAAGAAACAGCGUAAGUCAUGUCCUAUUUGUAGAAAACCAAUCCAGAAGGUCAUUAGAAACUUUACUGUGUAAACGGUAGUGUUAUAUGAAUUGAUGUAAUGCUCAGUGCUAUCAAAAAUAGC